AUGGGUCCAGCUUCAUCUGUGCCGGACCCAACCUACCACCUGCUGGCUGAUGCCUACUCUGGCCACGACGGGUCCCCCGAGAUGCAGCCAGCCCCCCAGAACAAGCGCCGCCUCUCCCUCGUCUCCAACGGCCGCUAUGAGGGCAGUCUCUCAGAGGAGGUCAUUGGUGGAAAACCGACCGCUGAGGGCCCCCAGCCCCGCGUGUACACCAUCUCCGGGGAGCCUGCCCUGCUGCCCAGUCCCGAGGCCGAGGCCAUCGAGCUGGCUGUGGUGAAGGGGCGGCGGCAGCGGGAGCGGCACCCCCACCACCACAGCCAGCCCCUGCGUGCCAGCCCAGGGGGCAGCCGCGAGGACAUCAGCAGGCCCUGCCAGAGCUGGGCAGGCAGCCGCCAGGGCUCCAAGGAAUGUCCCGGGUGCGCCCAGCUGGCCCCUGGUCCCAGCCCUUCCCCUCGGGCCUUUGCGCUGGACCAGCCACCUCUGCCUGAGGCCACCAGCCGCCGCAAGAAGCUGGAGAGGAUGUACAGUGUUGAUCGUGUGUCUGAUGACGUCCCCAUCCGUACCUGGUUCCCCAAGGAAAACCUCUUCAGCUUCCAGACAGCAACCACAACUAUGCAAGCCAUCUCGGUGUUCAGGGGCUACGCGGAGAGGAAGCGCCGGAAACGGGAGAAUGAUUCCGCGUCUGUAAUCCAGAGGGCCCUCCAGGACCAUUUAUCGCGGGUCCUGUCUGCCACCCGUGUCUGUGGACCACGGCUGGGGCUGGAGGUGGUCCACAGUCCUGGUGACCCAUCCUGCCCCUCAGGUAGUGACCUGCAGAGCUCACACUGCACCCUGGGCGAGGCCUUUGAGGAUCUGGACUGGGAGACCGAGAAGGGCUUGGAGGCGGUGGCCUGUGACACAGAGGGCUUUGUGCCCCCCAAGGUCAUGCUCAUCUCCUCCAAGGUGCCCAAAGCCGAGUACAUCCCGACUAUCAUCCGCAGAGAUGACCCGUCCAUCAUCCCCAUCCUCUAUGACCACGAGCAUGCGACUUUUGAGGACAUCCUGGAGGAAAUAGAGAAAAAGCUGAACAUCUAUCACAAAGGGGCCAAGAUCUGGAAGAUGCUGAUUUUCUGCCAGGGUGGCCCAGGACACCUGUACCUGCUCAAGAACAAGGUGGCCACCUUUGCCAAAGUAGAGAAGGAGGAGGACAUGAUCCACUUCUGGAAGCGCUUGAGCCGCCUGAUGAGCAAAGUGAACCCAGAGCCGAACGUCGUCCACAUCAUGGGCUGCUACAUUCUGGGAAACCCGAAUGGGGAGAAGCUGUUCCAGAACCUCAGGACCCUCAUGACCCCUUACAGGGUCACCUUUGAGUCCCCCCUGGAGCUGUCGGCCCAAGGGAAGCAGAUGAUAGAGACCUACUUUGACUUCCGGCUGUACCGCCUGUGGAAGAGCCGCCAGCACUCGAAGCUGCUGGACUUUGAGGAUGUCCUGUGA